GGUCUGAUUUUAGAAUCAGAGGGUUUGCAGAGCAUACGCCCAAUAUCAGUAUUAGUAGGUCUAAUGUGUUGCGAAAUGAUAUCGACAGCUGAAUGUUUUGUUUCGUUUCGCUCAUAUCGCUUUCUCACAGAGGGACAGUAGUUCAACUAUUCUCUGAAAAUGUUUGCCUCCGCGUUUAUUCUCUCAUUACUGAUAUCACUGCAGCUUUCUUCUUCUUUGGGAAGCUGCAGCAGUCCUGUCUUCUCUGUCUGUUGGGUUCUAAACGUCAGCGCCUCCGCGAAGAGACCAGAUACCAAGAUAUGGCUGGACAGCAAUGAACUUACACCCAUAGGAAGUAAAGGCAAAAUGGUGUCGUUGAUGGUAACGACACUGGAUGUGCAUACAUUACGCGCGGAAUAUGACGGAAUCUCCUAUGUGUGGAACUUUUCAGUUGUUUCCGAUUCCAUCAAUGUGAGCAGUGCGCACAGAACUGCGUAUCUCCCCCCCAGCGGAAGUGGGGGCAGGUAUUUCAACUUGUAUGGAAGAAUGCCACGGGACUCCACUCUCCAUGCACUUAAUGAGCUGAAAAACCAUUGCUUGACCUGGGAAGCUCUCAAGGCAUUUCAGCCAAAUGAAGUGUUUCCCUGUGAAAACGACACUCAUUAUCUCUACCAAAAGGAGGACUUUAUCAUUGCACUUGGCCACACCCACCGCUUUCCACUGAGGGCGGAGUCUCGGGGUGCCUCCACGCUAUUGGUCUCCUGGCGAGGGAGCCCCCAUGUCCCCCCCGACCCCCUGCACAGAGUGGCGCUGUACCGGCCGGACCUGGACGGCCUGGCGGUCCUGUGCAACGAGACCACGCGCAGGGGGCACUACCGAUUCGCUGGCCUGGACGGCUGCCGGAGCUACGUGGCGUGUGUGGAGAUGGCGCUCGGCCCCGCGGUCCUGUGCCUCACCGCGCUCACCGGUAAGAGUGCGUCUGCCCCCCCCCCAGUCCUGUGCCUCACCGCGCUGACCGAUCCUGACGUGCCCAGGAACUUCAGGGUGACCGCUUGGGACAGCAACAGCGUGACCGUGGGAUGGGACUGCCCCCCGAGCGACCCCGCCUCGGGCCUCACCGGCUUCCUGCUCACGGUCUUCCACGUGGACGGCUCUGGCCACGUCCUGGAGGAGAGGAGCUUCAGACACACGCUGGGCAGCCCGGUGUUCACCGUGGGCAGCUUGCCUCCCUGUAGCAGGGUGCAGCUGGGGCUUCAGGUGGUGUGCCAGUCUGUGGGCCAGUCUACGGGCCAGUCUGUGGGCCAGUCUGUGGGCCAGUCUACGGGCCAGUCCCGCCUCAGCAGGAUGGUCCUCAGCGAUGGAAACUCUGGUAUAGCUACAGAGCGCCUGUGUCUGGCACCCACACCAUAUGACCAAAAGUAUCUGGACACCCCUUGUUCUGGGACUGUUCUUCAUGGUUUGGGCUAGGCCCAGUGACAGCAAAUCUUAAUGCUACAGCAUACAAUCACAUUCUGGAUGAUUCUAUGCUUUCCCAACGGUUUGAGAAUGGUGUGGAUGAACUUGACUGGCCUGCACAGAAACCUGACUGCAAGUCCAUCCAACACCUUUGGGAUUGGAAAGCCAACUGUGAGCCAGACCUAAUGGCCCAAUCAGUGCAAAUCCCUGCAGCAGUGCUCUGGUAUCUUGAAUAGGGCCUUCCCAGAAGAGUGGAAGUUGUUAUAGCAACAAAGCGUGGGCCAACUCCAUAUUAACAUCAAUUAUUUUGGAUAAGAUGUUGAAUGUCAGGUGUCCACAUACUUUUGGCCAUGUAUUGGUUGUGUGGUGUACAAUACAGUGCAGGCCAAAAGUAUUAGGCCAUCUGUGGGUUUAAAAAAUAAUAAUAAUUUUUUGAAAAAAACUUUAGGUAGAGCGGAAUUCAGUUAAUUUAUGGACAUUUAUUGAAUAAGGAACCAAAGUACAGACAUUUUCAAUUUCUACCUACAAUAACAACAACGAGUUUUACUUAAAACAACUUUUAAAACACAACUUUUCUCAAAAUAACCUCCUUUGGCUUUAAUUACAGUUAAAGAAAUUAUUGGAGGUCUGUCUAAUCUUUUUGGAGGCAGAGGAGUAAAAUUGUUAAAUUGACUGAAAUCUUAUCGAUGCGUUUUUUUUAAACCACAGGUAGCCUAAUACCAUUUGGCUUGUAGUGUAAGUGAAUUUGGCACUAAAGUUGUAAGAAAUAUGGCAAAGGAGGAGCAAGUUAGGCUUAGAUUUGCAGAGCCAAGUAAAUAUACUGUGUGUAUAUAUAUAUAUAUAUUAUUAUAUAUAUUAUAUAUAUAAUAUAUUGCCUUUACCAAACUUUCUUGGUCCAGUAUGGAUGGUGCUUGGCCCACUGGAGUCUUUUCUUGUUAAUAGGGAGCAGCAAGGGCUUUUUUGCAGAUACACAACAUUUUAGGCCAGCAGAUCAUAGCCACUGUUUCACUGGAAAAACUGGUGUGUCUCUUGUUGCAUUGAGCUUUUCCUGUAGUUGUGGUGCAGUUUUACUUUGCUAUUAACUUUAACAGUUUAUUUUGCUAUUUCUUGGUCUUCUGGUAAAAUAGCUGCCCAUCAGCUGGACCCUGCCGUGCAUGUACUGAACACUGCACCUGGAAAUCUUAAGCUUCUUUGCAAUUUCUUACUGGGAAUAACCUUUUUGCCACAAUAUGUUUACUUGGCCUGCACAUCUAA